GGUGUGGUCUGAGCAGGCUCCGCCCUCAGCGGCAGGGGCGUGGCCUCUCCGGCCCGGCGCGAUGGCGGCGUCCCCCGGUGCGCUGCGUCGGGCCGGUAACGAGGAGUUCCGCCGCGGGCAGUACGGGCCGGCCGCCGCGCUCUACACCCGCGCCCUGGAGCUGCUGGAGGCCGCAGGGGAAGCCGCCGCCGAGGAGCGGAGCGUGCUGCUCGCCAACCGCGCCGCCUGCCACCUCAAGGACGGCGCCUGCGGCCUCUGCGUGACCGACUGCAGCAGCGCCCUGCAGCUGGUCCCGUUCGGGAUCAAGCCCCUCCUCAGGCGGGCCGCGGCCUACGAGGCCCUGGAGAGGUACCAGCUGGCCUACGUGGACUACAAGACCGCACUGCAGGUGGACUGCUCCAUCCCGGCUGCGCACGAUGGCGUCAACAGGAUGACUAAAGCUCUGCUGGAGAAGGAUGGUGUGAACUGGCGCCAGAAGCUCCCGCCAAUCCCCACAGUCCCUGUUUCUGCCCAGACAAGGUGGAGUGUUCCUGCUGCCGGCGCCCCCGGGGCAAACACUCCUCCUGCAGCUGCACAGCGGGCAGGACCAGACCAGGCUGCUGCUGGCACUGAGAGGGCUCAAACUCUGAAGGCAGAAGGAAAUGAACUUGUAAAGAAAGGAAACCAUAAAAAAGCAGUUGAGAAGUACACUGAGAGUUUAAAGCUCAACCAGGAAUGUGCGACUUACACCAACAGAGCUCUCUGUUACCUGACUCUGAAGCAAUACAAGGAAGCCGUACAGGACUGCACAGAAGCUCUGAGGUUAGAUCCUAAAAAUGUUAAGGCGCUCUACAGGCGUGCUCAAGCCCUUAAAGAACUGAAGGAUUACAAAUCAAGUAUUGCCGAUAUCAAGAGCUUGUUGAAAACCGAACCAAAGAACACAGCUGCACUGAGAUUACUGCAAGAACUGAACAAAGCCUAGGGUAACCAAGCAACAAGGAAAGCUUUGUUUUCCACUGCAGAAGAAAGCAUUUUCCCUUCUGAUGUUGUUACAGGGACCAACCUUAAUGCAGGAUCGGUAUUGAAAUCUAUCGUCUCCUGCUGCUGAGGUGUAACAGGUUCUACGCCAGCACAGUGAAUGUUAAGACACACAAUCUGUAUCAAACUAUUAUCUGGCUCUAAGAUCAUUCAGCGUUUUAAUGCCUCUCCCUGUGAGGCAUAUAGGGUACCUUCCCUGACUGACGUCAACUUGGCUGUAACUAUUGGCCUCAGGGACUCUUUCCAUGUUGGUUAAGAUGCAUGUGGGAUGGCUCUUUCUGAAGAGCUACAAACAGAUUAUUUUUUUUUGUCUUUAACAGGUGACAGUUUUGCUGCAUUUGUGCUGCUAUUAAUGAAAUAAGGUUGCUGCAGGAACUGCUGCAGUUUUCCUGGCACCACAUACCAUUGUGGUAACACAGGCACAGUUACUUGCACAGGGCUGAGCUAGUUUUGUCUCCCACUUGAUGCCUGCUGGCCCUCAGCUGAGUUCCUGCUGCUUAGUGUGGCUGGGCAGUAGCAGCUUUUUUUGUUUUUAAUUAGGAAUUAAUUUAGGAAAACAGCAGCAAUUUAAGCCUGCCUUGUUACACUGUGCACUACUUCUUUUAGAUUCUGGGUGCUUGGGAACUUUACAAUUGUUUUUUUGUGGUUUUGUUUGUUUUUUUAAAAAAAACCCUACUUUAGCUCCUCUGUGCCUUUUGGAGCAGUUGCUAUAGGAUGUUACAGGGAGCAGGAUAUGCAGUAAAAUCCCAGCUGAGGUCUGGCUUACUACUUCAAUGCAUGUUUAUAUUUACCUGGUAUUAUGGCACUGACUUAAAAUGGUGGAUAAAGAGAGAUUUGGAUUUAUUCUAUGAACCAUUAAAGCCAUGUUUAUUUUCACUUCAGAA